GCCGGGGCCGCGGGGCCGGGGCGGGGAGCGCUGAGCGUCCUCCCCCGCGGGCCGGGGGGAGCGGGGCUGGGCCAGCCCCUGCGCCUGCCGCGCCAUGGAGCGGAGCUGCGCCGGGCGGGAGCCGCAGCCCCGGCCCCAGCCCCAGCCCCUCGGGAAGCCACCAUCCCCGAUGGGAGACAGCGUCCCCCCACCCUCCGUGCCACCCCCUGUGCCUGGGGGUGCCCUGCAGGGAGAGCGCAGCUUCCCCCAGCAUGACCGACCCGGCCCUCCAGAUGUCAUCCCCUCGGAAAAGACCAUCCCACCCAUCCCUGCAGCCAUCACCCCCUCUGAGAAGAUCGUCUCACCCGUCCCUGCGGCCGUGCCCCCCUCCCAGCAGCCCGUGAUGCCCCACUCUGAGAGCAGCCCCCCGCAGCGUGACCGACCCGGCCCUGCAGCCCUGGCACUGCCAGCACAGCCCGUGUCCCCCAGCCCUGCAGCUCUGGUCCCCUCAGCACAGAGUGUUCCCCCCCAGGGUGACCAGUCCCCCCCUGUGCCCCCCAAGCCGCCUGGGAUGGAGCACCCCAAAGAAGAGGCGCUGCCCCACACCGCUGGCCAGCCUGUCCCCGUCCACGCUGCCGCCCCCGGCUCCACGGACACGCCGCCCCACGGGAGCCAGCCCCCAGCCCCAGCUGCCACUGAAGGGGCCCCUCCUGAUGCCAAGAGCUCCCUGGCUGCCACGGCCGGGCCCUCCAAGGACGUGAGCCCCCGGAGCAGCCGCCCCUCACCGUCUCCUGCCGCCAGCCCCCGGCCCAAGCAAGAUGCCCAGAAGGCCCAGGCAAGACACAAGCAGGCGAAGGAGCGGCGCGAGGAACGGGCCAAGUACCUUGCUGCCAAGCGGGUGCUGUGGCUGGAGAAGGAGGAGAAGGCCCGGCUGCUGCGGGAGAAGCAGCUGGAGGAGCGGCGCAAGCGGCUGGAGGAGCAGCGGCUGCGGGCGGAGAAGCGCCGGGCGGUGCUGGAGGAGCGGCAGAGGCAGAAGCUGGAGAAGAAUAAGGAGCGCUAUGAGGCAGCAAUCCAGCGGUCGGUGAAGAAGACGUGGGCAGAGAUCCGGCAGCAGCGGUGGUCCUGGGCUGGGGCCCUGCACCACGGCUCCCCUGCACACAAGGAUGGUGCGAGCCGGUGCUCGGUGUCCGCUGUAAACCUCCCCAAACACGUCGACUCUAUAAUCAACAAGCGGCUCUCCAAAUCCUCCGCCACCCUCUGGAACUCUCCCAGUAGAAACCGCAGCUUGCAGCUGAGCCCAUGGGAGAGCAGCAUCGUGGACCGGCUGAUGACGCCCACCCUGUCCUUCCUCGCGCGCAGCCGGAGCGCCGUGACCCUGGCUGGGAAUGGCAAGGAGCAGGUGCCCGUGUGCCCCCGCUCAGCCUCUGCCAGCCCCCUCAGCCCCUGCCACAACCACCGCCUGCCGCACCGCUGCUGGGAGCGCCGCAAGGCGGCCGCCGCCAGCCCUGACGUGACGCCGCGCCGCAGGACCGAGCCCUCGCCCGUGAGUGCCACCUCCCGCAGGGACCCCGAGCGCCAGGGCGGCUGUGGGGCGCGGCGUGGCCUCAGGCCGUGCCCAGCACCCAGCGCUGACGCCAUCCCUGCCUGUCCUCGGCCGGAGCAGAAGAAGAAGGAGAAGAAGGAGAAGGAUCGGGAGAAUGCCAAGGAGCGCAGCGCCCUGUCCCGUGAGCGCAGCCUCAGGAAGCGGCAGUCGCUGCCGGCGGCACAGCCCCGGCUCCUGCCUGCAGCUGACAGCAGCCCCGGCCCCAAAAACCGUCCCUCAUCCCCUGCCACCCCCAAGAAUCGUCCCUCGUCCCCUGCCACCCCCAAGAACCGUCCCUCAUCCCCUGCCACCCCCAAGAACCGUCCCUCGUCCCCUGCCACCCCCAAGGCCCGCCCGGCGUCCCCCAGCCCAGCCCUCAGCUCUCCCCACAAGCCGCCCCUGCCUCGAAGCGCCCAUUCCUCCCCCAAGGUGCGGGCCAGGGCUCGGGAGGAGCGGGGGGAGCAGGAGGGCCAGGCGAAGGCACGGGAGAGGAAGGAGGAGGAGCGGGGUCCGGCACCCCCAGCCCUUCCCGAGCCCCCCAAGGUGCCCGCAGAGCCGACAGCAGGCCCCCCAGUCCCUGCGGCCCCCGGCCCUGUGCUGGCCAGUCCCCCGGCCAGACCCCCGGCCGGCACCACGGACCGGGAGGAGGCUGCCCGGCUGCUGGCGGAGAAGCGCCGCCAGGCCCGGGAGCAGCGGGAGCGGGAGGAGCGGGAGCGCCGGGAGCAGGAGGAGCAGGAGAGGCGGGUGCAGGAGGAGCGGGCGCAGCGGGCGGCCGAGGAGCAGAGCCGGCGGGAGGCCCUGGCACGGCAGCGCGAGGAGGAGCGGCGGCUGCAGGAGGAACGAGAGGCCCAGGAGAGAGCCCGGGCUGAGCGAGAGGAGCUGGAGCGGCUGCAGAGACAGAAGGAAGAGGCCGAGGCGAGGGCGCGCGAAGAGGCUGAGCGGCAGCGCCUGGAGCGGGAGAAGCACUUCCAGCGUGAGGAGCAGGAGCGGCUGGAGAGGAAGAAGCGCCUGGAGGAGAUCAUGAAGAGGACGCGCAAGUCGGAUGCAGCAGACACCAAGACCCUCACAGCUCUCCUGUCCCUGCAGAGGAAGGACGACAAGAAGGUGCUGAACGGGAAAGCAGCCGAGCAGGAAGAUGUCCCAGGCCGCGAGAAGCACCUGGGGCCGAUCCCGAAGGCGGAGGAGCUCCCGGAGACGGAGACCCCAAGCGCAGGGACACCGGGGGGAACGAAGGGCUUGGUGGGCGAGGGGCUGCAGCCGAGCACCAAGGAGGCGGCAGCCCUGGUGAACGGCGUGCAGCCCGGCAAGCACGAGAACGGCUUCUCAGGCACCGAGGGCUCCAAGGAGCUGCGGGAUCUCUCCCACCACGGUGGUGGCCCCGGCAGCAUCAUCCCCUUCGGCGACAAGGAGCCCUUCCUCAAGCAGGCUGUGGUGAAGCCCCCGCAGGUGACAGAGGUGCUGUGAGGGCCUGGCCGAUGCUCCCAGGGGCCGCUGGCCACAGCCUGACCCCGGUGGCCCACGCAGACCUGUAGCUGUCGUCAGAACACGACCCUCGCUGCUCCUCCCGGGCACCUGGGGGCUGCAGGGCCCCAGCGAGGACGCCUGGCUCCUCUCUUCGUUCUCGUUUUUAUUUCGUUUUGGUUUUUAUUUUUUUAAUUUUAAAUAUGCACCUUAUCAGACUGACAGCCCACCCUCGCAGCCCGCCGGAGCCGCCUCAGACGUGUGGUGUAAUGAUGUAGUUAUUUAACUCGCUGGGUACAACGUCUGUGAAUACUGUAAAUAGAGCCGGCCGGGCGUGGGGAUGCUCUGGGGGGCACGGGGGGGCCGUGUCACAGCUCCCGGUCCCCACGUUCCCCCGCAUGUCCGUGUGUCCAGUGUCCCCGGGCCCGGCCGGCACCACGCUGCUCUGUGCCCUUGUGACAGUGUUAUGCAUCCAGACAACCUUUGACAACAAUUAAAAGUGGACAAUGCC